UCAAAAGCCAAAUAUAACCCAAACAAAAAAGCCAAUGCUGCUUAAAACCAGUACUGUUACAUUAACGCAAUUUCAUUUGAUGUUUACGUCAGCAGGCUGGUUAAGUUAACAUUAGCCUAACGUCCCGACAAUGAGUUCAUUUAACCUCACCCCCCCUACGGUUGAAGAGGUAUGCUGGACGCAAGCUGAAGCUUUGGUGAAAGAGAAUAAGAAAGUGGGCACGUUACGAAAAGAACCAGACGGUGAUGUUAUUGUGAAAAAAGACCUGUUUGGAGUGAAAGUGGACCGGGAAGAUUUUGUGAAGGAGGAGGUUGCAUUUGGAAUUAUUCAGGAUGGGGAAAUGUCUCUAAAAGAGGAAGAGAAUGGAAACCACAAGAGCACCAUUUAUAGAAGAGAGACAUGUGACAAUCCAGGAUCCGAUGGGGAGUCUCAACAACAUCAUGAUGUGCACCACAUAGAGAAAAGACUCUCCAAAUCUGAACACCAACAGAAACCCACCGGGAUGAAACCUCGCUGCUCGGGCUACAGGAAAGGCUUAAUAUUUUCCUCAGAUGUAAAUAAAAAGCAGCGAAUCCAUACAGGAGAGAAACGUCCUGUCUGCUCACAAUGUGGAAUGUUGUUCACUCAUUUGGGAAACUUGACUCAACACAAGAGAAUACACACUGAAAGGAGAACAUACCACUGCUCUGACUGUAACAAAAGCUUUGCUAAGUUAUUAAAUCUGACCAUACAUCAGCGGACCCACACAGGAGAGAAACCAUAUAGCUGUGAUCAAUGUGGGAGGAGAUUCGCUCAGUCAGGGACCCUGACUACACACCAGAGAAUACACACAGGAGAAAAGCCUUAUAGUUGUGAUGUUUGUGGGAAUAGUUUUACUAGUUCCAACCAGCUGGUAGUACACCACAGAAAACACACAGGAGAGAAACCAUUCCAAUGCCCUGAUUGUGGGAAAAGUUUUACUGCCUCAUGUGGACUGACUUCACACCAGAGAACUCAUGUCACUGAGAAGCCUUAUAGCUGUGAUCAAUGUGGUAGGAGAUUCAAUCAGUUGUGGACCCUGACUACACACCAGAGAAUUCACACCGGAGAGAAACCUUACAGCUGUGAUGUUUGUGGGAAUACUUUUACUACAUCAAGUCACCUGGUAGUACACAGGAGAACACACACAGGAGAGAAACCAUUCCACUGUUCUGAAUGUGGAAAGAGCUUUACAAGCUCAAGUACCCUGAUCACACACCAGAUAAUACACACAGGAGAGAAACCAUAUAGCUGUGAUCAGUGUGGAAAGAGAUUCACUCAUUUAGGGAGCCUGAAUACACACCAGAGAAUACACACAGGAGAGAAACCUUACAGCUGUGAUGUUUGUGGGAAUAGUUUUACUACAUUAAACCAUCUUGUAGUCCACCAGAGAACGCACACAGGAGAGAAACUAUUCCACUGCUCUGAAUGUGGGAAGAGCUUAGCUUCUGCAUAUGGACUGAUUGCACACCAGCGAACACACACAGGAGAGAAGCCUUAUAGCUGUGAUCAAUGCGGGAGGAGAUUCACUCAUUUGAUGAGCCUAACAGUACACAGGAGAAUACAUACAGGAGAGAAACCUUAUAUCUGUGACCAGUGUGGCAGGGGUUUCAUUCAGUCUGGGCAACUGACGAAACACCAGAGAACACAUUCAGGAGAGAAACGUUACAGCUUUGAUCAGUGUGGGAAGAGCUAUUCUAAUUCAACGUGUCUCAUUAAACAUCAGAAAAUACACACAGGAGAUCCAUCUGACUUGGAAAGUAGUGUGUAAAAUGAUCUAACAGAAGACCUGGGUAGCGAGGGGCUACAGUCACUCUGGUUGAAGGUGUCUGACUGUUUGUCUGAGUGAACAGCAGGGAUGCAGUGGUACAGUGGGCCCAUGGUUCGGUACGUACGGCGGUUUGUGGGUCACGUUAACUGUACGGUUUCAGGUAUGAAAACAUAAUCAUGUUAGAAGUGUUGCCACUCUAGUAGCUGACAGUGGCAAAGCAAUGCUUGCAGUACUAUAUUUACGGUCUUCUUACCCUCGUCAUCGUAUUCAACGCUGAAUCCAAAAUGUUCCCACACAGCGGAUCUGAAAGACGGUGGUGCCUCUUCAACUUCUCUCUGAACGCAUUUUAGCUCUGGUUGCGUGCAGUGGGAAACCACAUUUUCAGUCAGAAUGUUAGAUAUCAGCAAGACACUCGUGAUGGUUGGCUGCUUUUCUCCAAACACAGUUGUUCAUGAGGUAGCUCGCUAGCUAGCACCAAGCUAGAUAAUUUAGCUACAUAGUGGACAUUGGCUGUUAAAUGUCCAGCAGGAACUAUGGGAAAGUACAAAUUCAAUCUGAGGUUGUUGGACAAUGGCACAUUUUUUGUUGGAGAAGUUGGAGAAGUCUCCAACUUGGCACAUUUAUGAGAUUUAAAUAUGAAGUGUGAGAAAAUGCUGCGAAAAGCCUCCGUCAAAUACCAGGCAUUUCUAAGUUUUGUUUGGUCGUAUCACAGAGGACAUUCCUGCGAAGUACAGCCAGUAACGUUGUUAGCAGUAGGCUUACUGAUCUAACAAUAGUGGGUACUUCUGUCCUCCAUCCAUCCAUCUUCUUCCGCUUAUCCAGGGCCGGGU